UGUAAUUAUAAUAAAAUAUUUACGAAUCUUACUUUUUAUAAAUUGUUUGAAAAAAAGGAAAUGAUUAUAAUGAUUUUCAUUCCAUUAUUUAUAAAUGAAAUCAAAACAAAUUAUUUAUUGAUUGAUAAGUUUUGUAAGAUAGGUUUGAUAAAUUUCAUUACGAAAAUUUAAUUUCAUUUUAUUAUUGUAAUAUUUUCAUGAGUGACAAUCACUAUGAAAUAUGAAACAUAAACAUUCGUGGUAACCGAUACUCGUGUGAAUUCUAAAAGUGCGUAUCCACUUGUUACGUAUUUUCAUAUCAUAUCAUAUCACCGUCGCGUAUCAAUAUGGACAAGCAAAGAACAAACCAUAUUCUCUGUUUUUAUAUGCAAGAAUGAUUCGCAAUAAUGAUAUAUAACGAUACUAGAAUAUGCAACAAGUAGAAACGCAUUUUAAUGUGUAAAUUAUCGUGAUAUUUACCUCGAACUGAUAAUCUAUGAUUACUGAUGAUCACUAUCUUAAAAUAUAUAGAAUUUAUAUUACAGACUUUCAAUAAUUUUAUAUAAAUCAAAGUGUGUGCGCGUGCGUGCUUGUGUGUGCUUGUGGUAUGUAUUGAUAAUACUUUUCUUCAAUACUUCUAUUUGAUUUUUAAGUUUUUGUAGAACUAUGAAACUUAAUUCAAUAUUGUGAUAUUGUCAUGUCAUUAUACAGUUAUUGAUUAUAUUAACAUAAUAAGUAGAUGCUAAUGAAAAUAUAUAUUUAAUAUUUAUAAAAUCUUAAAAUAAGAAUGUAUUUUAUUUGUACGAAAGAAAGAAACAAUAGAUUUUUAACACAAUCAUGGCAUGCUUUUGAAAUACAGGAAAUGAUAUGAAGAUUAAUGGUUAAAUAUAUAAGUUUAAUUUACAUAAGUUCAUGUUGAAUUCUUUUCGAUAAUUUCAGUCUUCUUCGAAACUUCCAACGGUUCGAAUGAUCUUCCGAGUACGAUAACAUCUUUUUUCUUUUCGUAUAUUUAAUUUUGGUUUUUGUGUGGUCCCCCUCGCCCCCCCUCGUAAGAAAAACGAAACGAUUAGUUAUUUUUGCAAAACGAAAAAAAUCAAUAUACGUUCUUAUUGACAAAUCUUCCAAUAAAAAUAUUUUAUAUAUAUAUAUAUAUAUUUUUGUUUUGUUUUAAUUUUUGAUUGAUUAACGACAGGAUGUCAACAAAUGAAAAGAAAAAUGUUUCGAGAAUACAGAAAAUGAAUUGGAUUUUAGUGCUAUUUUAUAUUCAUCUUCAUCUUUUUGGUGUCUAUGGAUUUUGGUUGUUACUUUCCGAAGCGAAAUGGAUGACAGUGCUAUUUGCCAUUUUUGUCAUAUCGAUCGCUUGUUUUGGAGUAACCGUAGGCGCUCAUAGAUAUUAUGCACAUAGAACAUUCGAAGCAUUAAUACCUCUUAGAUAUUUUUUCCUUAUAGCUCAUACUGUUGCUGGUGUUGGUCCUUUGUAUGACUGGGUUCGUUAUCAUAGGAUACAUCAUAAAUAUUAUGAUACUGAUAAAGAUCCGUAUUCUAGUAAUAAAGGAUUUUGGUACAGUUAUUUUAUCAGCUAUAUUAUGAAUUCAAAUUUGAAGGAAGAGGAAUUGAAAAAAACAAUAGACAUGCGAGACAUCGAAAAUGAUUCUUCCGUUUUGAUUCAGAGAUCAUUAUAUUGGAGUUUGGUCAUACCGGUAACAUUAGUAAUUCUUAUUUUCGUGCCUAUGAAAUAUUGGAAUGAAAGCGCCCAGAACUCUAUCUUUAUUAUGGGAUUUUUACGAUUGCUUAUAACUUCUAGCGUAUCUAAGAUGGUGAACAGCGCCAUCUUGGUAUGGGGUCUUAAACGAGGAGACAAAUUUCCAGUCGAUGAUAAUUCGAUCUUUUACAUUACCAAAUCUUAUUGGCUAAAUUAUCAUUAUCUUCUUCCUUGGGAUUGGAAAAGUUCGGAAUUUGGCAAAUACGAUAAAGGAUGCGGUACUGUAAUAAUUAAAAUUUUGCGUAAUUUUGGUUUGGUGAGUCUACUUAAAACCUCGUCGACGGAAGAUAUUAGAAACAUUAUUCACAAAUUUGGGAGUAAAAGCAUUACAUUGAAAGAGGCGAUAACUGAAUUACAAAAGCGAAGCGAAAACGAAGCUAAACGAGAAAACCUACGUUUUAUUCAUUAAUAUAAAGAAGUAUUUGUAUUUUAUAUGUUUAUACAAUUUAGACAACUUAAAUGUUAAUAAACUAAUUACAUAAGAAAACUUUUUUAAAGAAUAAUUAAUUAUCGA